GCAGUAGAAAGACUUAUUGAAAGCAUUGAAUGUCUUUUCUUGUUAGUUUGGUUUAGUUUGUUAUAUUGUCUCUUGAGUCUCUAAACGUGUGUUUUGCAGUCUCUUCAAACAGCAUUUGAAUUUAUAGCCCAGCAUUUGCAUUACAGAUGUUGCUGAGGGAGUCAUUCAUGUACUAAAACUGUUUACAGUCUGUGCUUUUCUCUACAUCUUUUGACCUGCAAGGGCUGUGUGGCUUUUUUUGAUUCUUGGUUAAUUAUAUCCUUGUACUACUGCUGACCCUUAAUUUCUUUAGUGUGGGCAUUUUAGGUUAACAUGCAAGCUCAGCAUCUAUAUAACAUGCAGUAAUUAUGUCUAAAACUACCCAUUUUGUGUUAUUUUCUUACUCUCGGCUUUGCUUGGUGCUUCCCAUGUCUGCUUUAUAGAUUGGCUCUGCCACGGAGCCUUCUCAUUGGCUGAGGAACUUUUUCAUUAUGUGGUGUAUGACUUGUCCUGCAUGACGAGAAGGGCCCAAAUGAUCGUCUAAUAUAGGGAUACCGUUCUUUCCAUGUUCUGAUUUUCUGCCGUAUUCUUAAUCUUAAUUCAAAUGAUUUAACAUACAGUUGCUGUGUUGCCGUUGCCAUUUAUCAUUAUAUUGAGUGGUAAUGGAAACAUUCGUGUGAAUAUCGAGUAAAAUUUCAUGACGCUCCCCUGACGCUAAUCAUUAGACAGGAAUAUGCAGAAAUUAUUUGUUAGUAAUUAGUAUAAGGGCGUGGGAACAUAGGGGUUAGUUGUCGUGUCCUGGAUGAGCAUGACGCAUGGCAACAUGGAGUGUUGGAGCCACUACUAAUUAAAGUUCCAAAAGCGAGUUGAGGUUAUAGGCAGCAGUCAGUCCGAGUGAGUCAGAGGCAUCUCCAGGCGCUGAAUUCUGAAGCUGACACAUGGUCACCCAGCAUGCACUCCGACAGCCCCUCCCACUUGUAAUGAAGCACUUUGAUCCUGCAUAGUCUCUCGGGCUAGGAAGUUGGCGCGUGGCCUGAGUACCUACCAGGAAAUAAAAAUCUGGGACUGAGGAAAUGGGUGUGGUAAUGUGCAUAUAUACAUACCUACACAGGAAAGGAAUAUCACGGCUGAGACGAUUGAUGAUAUGAUAAAAGCAUUAACUAAGUGGGAUAUGCUGAUACAUGCGAGUGGUUUAAUAUUAACUGAUGAGUAUGACAUUAAAAAAUAGAUAUUAUCUAGGUAUUAAGUCAUUAGACACUUAAUAAUAAUGAAUUUGAGCUUUGGGAGUGGUUACUUGAUUAAUCCUUAAGGUUCUGGUCUUCUAAUCCAGUCUGGCAUGUAAAUUAGCACCUGAAUGGGGGCAACUGGGCAGCGACUGCUUGCCCCACAUGGAGCAGAAGAGGGAGGCAGUGAGCCAUUAAGCUUGGUAACGGGAGGUAAUCGACCUCCUGUAUUUCCUGUAUGUAAGGCUUAUUACAGCCUCACGUGCUCUUUGUAAGACCUGUGACAUGCAUCGCUUGGGAAAGUGCUAAGUCUUAUAAUUCCCUUUUGUGGAGUUUGUUCUGCCAAUCUGCAGGUCUUGGCAGAGGAAUUUGUGAAUGGGAAGGGCAUACAUUAUGGGAGCAGAAAUGGCUUUUCGUCUCUCUAUGCAUGACGAAAAGAGGAAACCUCACAGUGCCUAAAAUCCAAGAGUCCAAUAUGGCAUUUGGUGUCCUUGGGGUGUUCCUGGGGUUACUGCUGGAGGUAUCAACGCACGGACCCUCCAGUGUUCCCAGGAUGUCAUGGAAACAUCACGAACUUGAUUUAAUAGAAUUCUCGGAACCGGGGAUUUUUAACUAUUCCACCCUUUUGUUGAAUGAAGAUGGAGCGGUGCUUUAUGUGGGAGCACGGGAGGCUGUAUUCGAACUGAGCAUGAGAAAUGUGUCCGUCAAGAAAAAUAAGGUGAUCUGGAAGGUGCCAGACACGCACAUGACUAUGUGUAUCCAAAAAGGAAAAUCUAAAGAGACAGACUGUCUUAACUACAUUCGCGUUCUCCAAAUGCCCGAUGACAGCAGCCUUUACGUUUGUGGCACACAUGCUUUUCAACCUGUCUGCGACUUCCUGUCUCUCAAAGAUUUUAAAUUGCAAGAGAAACAAGAGGAUGGCAGAGGAAAAUGCCCCUUUGACCCCGAGCAGAGCUUUACUACGGUUAUGGUUGAUGGAGAGCUGUACUCUGGAACGGCAUACAACUUUUUGGGAAGUGAACCAAUCAUUUCCAGAUAUUCUCAUUCUCAAAGCCUGCUGCGCACAGAGUACUCAACAUCCUGGCUGAACGAGCCCAGUUUUGUUUAUGCGGAUGUUAUUAGGGAGGGAAAAAACAGUCCGGAUGGUGAUGACGACAAGAUCUACUACUUCUUCACGGAGGUUUCUGUGGAGUACGAGUUCUUUGGCAAGCUGCUUAUACCAAGGAUAGCUCGGGUUUGCAAGGGUGAUCUUGGAGGGCAGAGAACAUUGCAGAAGAAGUGGACGACCUUUCUAAAGGCUAAAUUGGUCUGUUCCAUGCCUGAGCUCAACUUCGUUUUCAACGUGGUCCAUGACGUGUUUAUCCUGAAGAUGGACGACUGGAAAGAAAGCAUCAUUUAUGGUGUUUUCACCUCACAGUGGGGAAAUGUUGGUUUGUCAGCAGUGUGCGCAUACAACAUGUCAACAGUGGAAGAUGUGUUUUCAAAGGGAAAGUACAUGCAAAAAGCGACUGUGGAGCAGUCCCACACAAAGUGGGUGAGGUUUAAUGGAGUCACUCCAAGCCCUCGUCCUGGGGCAUGUAUCAACAAUAAUAAUCGAAUGCAGAACAUCAACAGCUCUCUUCACCUGCCAGAUAAAACGUUACAGUUCAUCAAGGAUCACCCACUGUUAGAAGACCCUGUGCUUCCGAUAGGGAACGGACCCAGACUUAUUGCCAAGGACGUGAACUACACCCAGAUUGCCGUGGAGAGGGUGCAAGCCCUAGAUACUAACCUGUAUGAUGUCAUCUUCACUGCAACUGAUAAAGGAUUCUUGUACAAAUCUGUAAUUUACGGGAAUGAGGUGCAUACUGUUGAAGAAGUACAGCUUCUCCGUAAUUCUGAACCCAUAAAGACUUUGCUGCUUUCUUCUCAGGGGAGAUUUCUGUAUGCCGGCUCUGACACUGGGGUAGUGCAAGCCCCCACCGCCUUCUGCGAGAAGUAUUCCUCUUGUGAGGACUGUGUUCUGGCCCGAGACCCCUACUGUGCAUGGGACACCGACGCCGUGGCUUGUGUCAACAUAUUCCAGGAGCUGAACACAGCGCAAUGGAGCCUGGUGCAGAGUCUUAAUGGUGAUGCUGACUAUUGUCCUAAAGUAAAGACGCUCUCCAAGGAGGAAUACCAUCGCGUUUCAGUAAAGCCCGGAAGCUCUGUAGAGUUAUCGUGCCUCAUCAGAUCUAACCUGGGACAGGCUGUUUGGAAGGUCAAUGGCAGCAUGUUAACCGACGCCUCCAGGUUCUUCUUGAUGAGCGAGAGCGGCUUGUUGAUCUACAGCGUGGCUUAUGAAGACCAAGGCCUCUAUGAGUGUUGGUCCAUAGAGUGGGGCGGGGGGCGGAAUUUUACCCGCCUGGUCGCGGGCUACGUCUUGACUUUGGAAUCUUUCACGAACGCAUCCUAUUCCGGCACUUUUAGCUCCAGUGCAGUCCAUAAGUCUACUACAGCUACUGAAGGUAAUGGCGAGUUUACGGGACCUGCGUUAACCACCGCUGCAACCAGCAUUACUACCUUAAUCAUGGCACCGCGGCCUGCCACAUCACUAACACCUUCACCCAGCAGUACGGUUAAGUUUUCGCCGAAGCAUUUCUUCCCCAGCUCUGGUCCUCCAAACCUGGCAACCCAUGACCUGGAGCCACGUGACCCUUCUGCCGAGUACCUACUGCAUGACAACGGCAAUGCCCUGCUCUUCCUCUUCCUCCUCUUCUUCCUCCUCUUCCUGAUCGUUGUCAGCUACAACUGUUACAUGCAGUUCCUCCCUGCUCCGUGCCUGAAGGUGCGAGCCGCUCUGCUGGGGGGGAAGAGGAAGUCCCAGCCGGAGUACGCAGCCUGCGAGGCAGGCUUGAUGGAGCACGUGAUGGAGAAGCUGGACUCCACGGAGCAGUGUCACCAGAAUGGAGCUCGGCAGAAGGUUCUCAGGGACACAGGCUAUGAAACGGAGCCAGACUGCAGUAAUGGCAACACACUCUUGCCAGAGUGUACAGAUGAGGGUUUAUCUGUAGACAAGCCCUUUGAUGUUGUUUGUGAAUCCCAGCCCAUUGAAUAUGCUGAUGCGGAUGCUCCAUGUUGAUAAAUACUUGCAUUACCCUUCAAAAAUUGUUGUAAAUUUUAAUGUACCUAAUAUAUGGGUUCCUAAUAUCUCUCACUCUCUCUCUGUCACACACACACACCACACACACCACACCUACAGAUACAGCCACAUACCUACAUGCAUUUCUGCAUGUAGAAAAUAAUUUCAUGAGUCCUGGUAAGGACUUUACUGUAUAUUUCACUACUUUAAAUUGGUUUUCACACCACUUCUGAUUAAAUGUCAAUGGUAUGCUAAACACUUAAUUUCUUUCAGCGAGGCAAACGUAUUUUAAACCAACAUUGUUUAUCAGUAAGUUCAGUUUUUAUUCCAAAUUGGAAACAUAGUUUACCAAAUUGGUAAGUUGGUGGAUGUUUACCAUAUUGAAGUUCUGUAGUGUUUUGUUGUAUGGGGAAGGAAUUACUUCAAGCUGUCUGUGUACUCAGAAUGACCAGUACUUUAAGAUGACUUUUAUGUAGGCUGAAUGCUUGCUAUUUUUUUCCGUUUUUAUUUUUGUAAUUCUCAGGGAUCUGAUGUACUUGAUCUGUUAUUUUCUGUUUGUGAUUCACUAAACUGUUAAUUCAGAGCCGCUGAAGUGCAUUUGCAUAUUCUUGAGGUGAUUUAGGGCAUGACUUAACAUAUAAAGAAAUAAUGAGUGUAGAAAUAUAGUAUUAUGCUGGAGAAAAGUGACUGAAAAGAUUUCUAUUCCUGUGAAAAUGAAAUCUGGAAUUUAAAUGCCCAAAAUCCCCCCAAGUGACAUGUAACAUACACAUUGACUGCCUUGGAGUUGGAGACAUUGCAUCACAAUGCUUAACCAUGUACAAUGCUUUUUGCUGUUGUUAUAACCUUUGCGUGUUACUGUUAGAAAAUGCUGGACGUGAUUGGUCUAACCAAACUACUGGGCAAACCUGUCUAACCACGACACGAGGUUCCAGUGUAUUGAUCUAACAUUCCAGAACAUUUUUUUAAAGGACCAAUAAUGAUGUGAGUGAAUAUAUGAUUUAAGUUUUAGUUUAAGAUCAAGGGUAGGCAACCCUGAUCCUGGAGUGCUGGUAUUUAUCAUCGUACCUGAUGAGUUACUAUCUGCCUGACGUCAGGUGUGGUUCAUCAGGUAGGAUAGAAAUACCUGCAGGAUGCAGGUCCUCCAGGAUCUGCGCUGCCUCCCCCUGAUUUAGAUCAUCCUGUCCUUGUAAAAGGAAGGACAUUUGCUCAUGUGUAGUGUGUGGGUUGAUCCUUCUGCUUGAGAAAGGCAGCCUCGUCAGCCCCCUUGUCCUCCACUCACCGCUCCUUCCCUUUCUGUUUCACAUCCUUGUGAAGUUCAUGACCUCUGUCCUCAGUGCACUUUCCUGUUUCUCUCCCAUUUUGGCCCCCGCACCACCUCCACUCCCAGCACCCCUUGUAUCACCCUCUCCUGUCGACAUCUCAUCCCUGUCAACUCCCAAGGACCUUCCUUCCCUCCCCUCCUCCUCCUCUUCCUCGGGGGUGCGGUUGCUGCCCCCUCUUCUGAGUGACCAGGCUGUUGGGGUU